GUGAGUUGCCUCCCCUUUUUAACUCAAACAUGGAGGUUACAAUGUUUUGAAGAGGAAGAGUAUAUUGCCACAGCAAUGUUGAUUAAGUUAUUUGUCAUAGUAGUUGGCUUGUCCCAGGUACUGGGGGAAUAUGGUGUUCUGAAAGUUCAAGCAGCAAGUGGAGCAUCAUCAAAUUACUGCUUUGCUUACAAUAAAGACUUCAAGACAAUUCCUCCAGCACUCAACCAAACUGAAAACCAUCAGCUUGUACAUCUUGGAUCAAACGGCUGCAACGAUUCUGACUGGACAAUCGAUGUGAGGGGCAAGGUGGUGACAGUAGCAAGAGGAAACUGCUCAUUUGUGGAGAAGGCAACUUCAGCUCAGAAACACCAGGCGGUGGCCAUAUUGGUUGUGUCAUUAAAAACUGACACCCAGCUGGUUACACCAGGAGGAAAUGCAAGUGAAUACCAGAGCAUCAACAUCGUUGUUGGCUUCAUCAUGUGGAAGGACAACGGCAGCCUGGAGCACCUUGCGGACGGAGGUCCCCUGUCGGCAUGGAUGUACAGUCCUGCUGACCCAAAGAUUGACCCCAACAUGGUUCUCAUCUAUGCAAUAGCCUUGACCUGCAUCAUAGUCGGUGCCUACUGGUCCGGGACCACCAGAUAUGCGCUUGCGGAGCGGAAGUCGCACCGACGGAAGGGCUCCGUGGACUCGUCACAGCCGGAGGACAAGCAGGAUGAGGAACAUCCCGAAACUCUCAGCAUCAGCGUCGGCAUCGUCUUCGUCCUCUUCAUCUUCAUCUGCACCAUGAUAGUGCUCCUGUACUUCUUCUACGACUACCUGGUGUAUGGCGUUAUCGGUCUAUUCUGCCUGGCGGGCGCUGUGGGCUUGUACAGUUGCCUUCAGCCCCUGUGGGAGAGAGUGAUCAAAUCGGACUGCAGAAUUCCUCCCAACCGAGUUCCGAUGUGUUCUGAGCAGCCAGAAAUAAGGAACAUAGUUCUAGGGCUACUGUGUCUGGGCUUCAGUGUUUUCUGGGCUGUGGAGAGGAAGGCAAGCUAUGCAUGGAUAAUACAGGACAUCCUCGGGGUGGCUUUCUCUGUGAACAUGAUGAAAACAAUACGUCUACCAAAUUUCAUGGCGUGCACGCUGUUACUGGUCCUGCUGUUCUUCUAUGACAUCUUCUUCGUCUUCAUCACGCCGUACUUCACCAAGAAUGGCAGUAGCAUCAUGGUGGAUGUCGCCACCGGGGGCAAGAGUCACAGCGGGGAGCAGCUUCCCAUGGUGUUCAAAGUGCCGAGAUUCCUGACCCCUCCUGAUGCUGUGUGUUACUCAAGCCCCUACUCCCUGCUGGGGUUCGGAGAUGUCAUUGUACCAGGUCUUCUCAUAUCUUUCAACCACGGCUUUGACUUGAUCGUCAAGAGUAGGAGGAUAUACUUUAUUGCUUCCACAAUAGCCUAUGCUGUUGGCCUGAUAAUCACAUAUGUUGCUCUGGCGUUGAUGAAGACUGGCCAACCAGCAUUGCUGUACCUUGUGCCUUGCACCUUACUUACAACUGUUGCGAUUGGCUGCAAGCGGGGAGAACUACGCUACCUGUGGACAGGCCAGGAGUGUCCAAAAAAGAAUGACGAUGUUCGUCCUCCUGGUCAGUGUGUGCGGUCAGCCCAGGAGGUGGAGUCUGACACGUCCAGCCUAUCGAGUGACGGCGAGAGGCGGGGUCUCAUCAAUGCCUAGACUCCAUGUUGUCAGCCAAACCCUGGCAAACUCUGUUCCUUGUCCUGAUAUGAUGCAAAUGUUUGUUGUGUGCUGGAGUUGAUGCAGGUACAGAACAGGUUCUCAUUACACAGUGUGUCAUAAUGCAAUCUUAUAUAUCAGGAAACAUUCUUAAUCAUACUGAAAUAUAUUUCCCAUGGUACUGAUACGUUUCUUGGUAAGGAUAUAUAUACACUGAUGAAAAAUGUUAAAAUUUCAGCAUACUAUUCAGCUGUAUCAUGGCUGUGUUCAGACUUGUCAUGGCUUUGUUCAGACUAGUCAUGGCUUUGUUCAGACUAGUCAUGGCUUUGUUCAGACUAGUCAUGGCUUUGUUCAGACUAGUCAUGGUUUUGUUCAAACUUGUCAUUGCUUUGUUCAGACUUGUCAUGGCUUUGUUCAGACUAGUCAUGGCUUUGUUCAGACUAGUCAUGGCUUUGUUCAGACUAGUCAUGGCUUUGUUCAGACUAGUCAUGGUUUUGUUCAGACUUGUCAUGGCUUUGUUCAGACUUCUCAUGGUUUUGUUCAGACUAGUCAUGGCUUUGAUCAGAUUAGUUGAAAAAAACAAUAGUAUCGAUCACACAUUAACCAAUUUCUGCAAUCUGUCUCCAAACACUUGUAAUUCCAUGUACAAGGCUGAAUUCUGUCGAAUUGCGGAAUCCUUCGGCGACAGAUAGAACCCUGCUGAUAAGUGAAGUGAACGAGCUGCAGUGGAGUUAAAUUUUAGAUGCAAAAACAGUUGAAUUAUUGUUGAAUUUUAGACGUGUGUUUGUUCUAAUCAUGAAAAAUAAAUCUAACUUUGUUGCCAUGAGUCGGCAUGUUUACUUACGACCACAAAUGUUGUUUUAACUUUAGAAUUAUGUUUACUUUAUAAUUAUGUUUUCUCACAUCGUCAUAAACAAACUUCAUCACAAACACCAUGUUUGGGGAAAAGCAUUCCUCAUGCAACAGAAAAGUCCAUUUCCAGUGAGCUUGGGACAGCGGCGUAUUGUGACAGGUACACGUUGAGGUCAGUUACCAAAUACUGACUCCACACGUGUCACAGAGGCCUGUGUGGCCCACUCAUCUGAGAUGGGUGGUGGGGUAGCCUUGUGGUUAAAGCGUUUGCUCGUCAUGCGGAAGGCCCCGGUUCAAUUCCCCUCAUGAGCACCAUUUUUGGUGUCCCCGACAUGAUAUGGCGGAAUAUUGCUAAAGGGGCGUAAAACCAUACUCAUUAACCCGGUCAUCAAAGGUGCCGCAGUUUCGCUGUGCAGAACUAUGAUCAUGGGUUCGAAUCCCAGUUCGUUUCCAGGUUUGUCAGGACCAUGCCCACUCAUAGGUUUGACCAAAGUGGUAAACUGAAUACUGUUUAAAAUGGUGUUAAACCCAACUCACUCACUCUCUCAAUUCUGUCACAAUGCAUAUUCGGCACUGUAAACUGAAACUGCUAGAUUGGGGAAGUUGAAUUUGGCAUGUAUGUUUCUCCUUCUGAUGACAUAAUAUUUUGUUCAAAUCAUAGGAUUUUAGUGUUGUGUGUUUGAAGACCCCUCAAUUAAUGCAGAAAAUAUUUGAAUAUCAGUCCUAAAUGUUUGCCUGACAUUUUACAAUGUUGACUUCUCAAGCAGGUGAGCUCCAGUGCCGUGGCAUCAUUUUUCUUGGGUUUGUUUAGCAGUACUUGUAUAUGUCCUACAUGUCCUAUGUAUCAGAUUAGUGUUGCAGGUUUUGUGUUUUAUUGUUUGUUGUCCAGGAAACUGAGGUCAGUAUCACCUUUGCUGCAUACUGAUGGGGAAUUCUUUUUAGAAUCCAUUAUUACUUGUAUUAUUAUUAUUAUUAUUAUUAUUAUUAUUAUUAUUAUUAUUAUUAUUAUUAUUAUUAUGAUGAUGUACAGAUUAAAAUAAAAAAGCAGCAAAGAAGGUUUGGGUGAUCCCGGCACAGUCAGGCUGGUUAGGCUCAUCAUCAGCUCAGGGCCCUUGCCCCCUCUUCAGCCCAGACAGCAAAUGUGUCCCUGCCUGAUAUUGCUGGAAUAUUGCUAACAGUGGCAUCAAACAUACCAACUCACAUAUGAACACUUGCUUCCUUUAAUGUUUCAAGUGAUUGCCAUAAUGCUUAUUCCUUUGAUUUCUUAAUGGGGUUUAAGGUAGCCUAGCGGCUUAAGAAUUUGCUCGCUACACUGAAGGGCGGGGUAGUCCCCCACAAGGUACACUAGGACUCACUGUGGGUAUCUCUGGCAGUGAUAUGGAAAGAUUAGUGCUGAGAUCAACAAAAACUCUCUCACUCACUCAUUCACUCACUCACUCACUCACUCAGUUGUCAAUGUUAGUUCCAAAACUUUCAAAUGUGGGUAGUAAUGUAGCCAAGUGGUAAGAGCGCUAGCUCAUCUUGCCAAAGGCCUGGGUUUGAUUCCCAAUACAAGCUCAAUUUUGUCAGUGAAAACCAUACACACUCAAUCUCGAAUUUAAGUUUCUUUGCUUGUAGUAGAAUCGUGUUGAAGUCUCAGGGAUUUCUCAUAGAUACAAAUUAGGCCGUGCCAAAUUUAUUUUGUCUGUCAAAAGGAGAUUCACCUGUGCAGUAUAGAACUAAGCUUGUAAAAUAUUGUAAUUAUUCCACGUCAUUGUUCAGGCCUCAUAUAUCUGUCAACUUGUCAGGACAUUUAUUUAUAAUUCUUCAUAGAAAUUGUGGAAUCAUUACUUAAUCAGUUCGAAGGAUGUUGUUCUGAGGAUUUAGUUCUAAGGAUUUAGUUCUAAGGGUUUAGUUCUAAGGAUUUAGUUCUAAGAAUUUAAUUCUAAGGAUUUAGUUCUAAGAAUUUAGUUCUAAGGGUUUAGUUCUGAGGCUUUAGUUCUAAGGAUUUAGUUCUAAGAAUAUAGUUCUAAGGAUUUACUUCUAAGGAUUUAGUUCUAAGAAUUUAGUUCUAAGGAUUUACUUCUAAGGGUUUAGUUCUGAGGCUAUAGUUCUAAGGAACUUAAGAAGACGAAGCUAGGAUUUAAAUUAAUCAUUUGCCUAAAGUGGAUCAUAAACUUUGAUUUAUCUGCACAUUCCUCACGCAUACAAAUCUUACAUAUUUUUUGUUGUCAUACUAAUUAGUAUGAAAGUCAUCAAUGUAGAUUAUCCACAAUUUUUAAGUCAUCUUUUGAAAUUAACACAUCAUGCAUUGAACGGUGGUAUAGAGGGAUGGUGUAAAAUGAAACUGUAUGUGGUUGCUUUAUACACAAUUUCGUUAAAGGUAGAGCUUAGUGCUUGCUACCACCACACACAGAUCUGUGGACAUCCCACGAAGUCUCAUCCUUUUCAAUUGUUUAUCCCAUUGAAGUGAGAGAUAAACAUUGAUUUUGAAGGAAUGAGUCAAACAGCCUGUGACAGUCGUUCAGAAUACCACGCAUUAACCUUUUCAAGGUUGCAGGAUUGGAAAAUACAUCGUUUUUAUUUUUGCGAUCACAUCACGUAAGCACUGCUCUGAUUUGACAGAUGAAAGGUCAUUCUGUCGUGACCUUGGAUGUCCUCAGAUCUUUGUGUAGGGGUAGUGAUACAAGAUACAAGUUUAUUCUUUGAAUAACUUGUUUUUGUUGUUUUGAUGUCUUUGGUAUUAUUGUAACUGUCUCUUCUGAUGGAUGUUAGGUCUUACAUCGCCACAUACAAAAAUGGAGUUUGGAAACAAUGUUUGCCAGGGAGUAAAACAGCUGUAGGAAUCUCAUGUCAAAGCUGUCAUUACGUUGUUUUUCAGAAAGGUGAAAUAUGACUUGUUGUGUGACAAGAAAUCACACACCCUCUAUUAGCCUCUGUAUCAUACCUCCAUUCUAUUAUGAUACAGUCAAACCUUUUGACGAACUUGGGUGUUUCGAAUUCAUUUGGGAGUUACAAGUAUCCAAAUUAAGAAUAAAGUCUCAAACCUGAUGGAGCUGGUGAUAACCUCUCGAAACAAUGCUUUGUUGGCGAAUGGGUCCAGGGUAUUUAGUAUAUAAGAAUGGAGGUAAUACCCUGGAUAAUUGAGGAUGGUAAUCCUGUGUUUUCAAAUAAUCAUCUUGACUAAUAUCAGCAAUCAUGUUUUGACAGAUGUACAGUGUUUUCUUAUUGCAUAAAAAUCUUUUAUUUGAUUGUUUUAAUGAAGGGUUAUGUACUAUGUUAGAAGACUUAUUCCGAGAGUGUAAUGGUUUUUUAUGUACUUAUCAUUAUGGUGAAUAAAGUGUACAUAUUUUUAUGUAUCUAUUGUUUAAAAUAAAUUAUGUUCAGAG